UGAUGAUCCAAAAUAGGGUGUCAAUACGAUCGUUAUCUUAGCGCUCAGAAGGCGUCCUCUCCUUGUUUUGCAUGUAACACUCAACAGCACAUGCAUCAUAACAUUAUGCAUGUGAAGUAUGAAGUCAGAAGGAGCACUAGAGCGUGCUGGUGAUUACUGUAACGCUCAUCCUUUUUUACGAACGGGGUCGUACCCCGCCCCAUUCACUUUUGACCGGGCAGGCUUUUUCGCUGUUCAUUCUCCUGAAUUGCUAAAUCGCGGGCAAUUCCAAAUCCGCUGUAUUGCUACGAACACUCCUUAUGGCAUUGUCAUAGGACAUAUAUACGUGGUUUCCACCCCCCGUUCUACUGUCAACCCCCCUCUGGCAAAGACGAGGAUUGUGCAAGGAUGAAAGAUUCUGAAGGAAACAAUGUUGAACUCUCCCUUACGAACAAUGCCCUAGCGCAAGACUUGAUGCAGCAUGUCAAGGAGCAGGCUGACUUACGGCCGCUUGUUGCAUUCCUUGACGCAGCCAGGGCCCCUGAGUUGGACCACUCUGAAUCGGUCCAGAAAGCUGCGGAGACGAUAAAGAUGCACAACAUGAUGCAUCAUGUGCCCAAACCCACGAAGCUCCCUGCAGCGAUACCCCACCCCCAUGUUCUCGAGGGAGACGGCAAACCGGCACUAGUGUUUGAGUCUCUGCCAUUCCAAAACUGGGGACAGACGGUUUCAAACACGCCAUCGACAAUCUGGGUCAUUCGUACCAUUGCUGGCGUGAAGAACCUCGUCAAAUUCGCCAGUUCCCAGAGAAAGCGUGUGCGGGUCGCAGGUUUCCGUCACACUUGGGCUAAUUUGUUCGGAGCAGAUGGCGAUAUUAUUGUUGUCUUCUUGCCACUUGCCACUACCACCACGCUGCCUUAUCAGCCCCCAACACCCGAAUGGCUCAAGACAAGCGAACUUGUUGGCAUACACGGCCCUAUAGGCUCCAUCGGAAAUCGACUUCCUGGCAAAGGUCACUCGUUCUAUCAAGUGAUGGCGGGCACUACGAACGAUUAUUUCCGAAGAUGGUGCUUCAGCAAUAAGAAAGUGUGCAUCCCUUUCAACGUCAUCAUGGUAGAAGUAACCUUUGGGGGAACAAACGGUCCAAUUUGUCAUGGCUCGGGAUUGGGGUCGACCACGCUCUCUGAUUUGGUAGUCGAGAUUCGAUACGUUGAUGCUCAUGGAGAGGAGCAAAUUGUCAAUGAUCCAGACGAGCUGCGUGCUGCAAGUGGAUGCUUCGGCCUCCUCGGAAUCGUGACCUCCGUGACCCUCCAGCUUGACGACAUUUCGAUACAAGAACAGGUCAAGGAAGCCGGCAUCACCGAGGCUCAAAUAGAAACAGCCCGUCAGAAAUUUAUUGAACGAUGUGAGACGGAUUAUUAUCUCGAAUGGUUCUGGUUCCCGUAUCAGGAGCACUGUUGGGUUAACACUUGGCAGAAGCGUCCGUUCCAGAGUGAAGACGCAAGCAUCAAGACUUACCCAGACGACAACUUCUUCACAGGAGCAUCAUCACAGCAGGUCCAGGAGACCAUUGCCGAACUCAUCACGAGUUGGAAACAUUGGGCGGAGGUCAGCGGGUACCAUCAAGCGUAUUGGUUUGGCCUCGCGACUAUGGCGACGCUUCCGAACGUCACGGAUGGAAAGCCCAUCGAGACGCUCUUGAGUGACGCCCUGCAUUUUAGGCGAGGCAUUCAAAACUUCCGCUGCUUGGACAGUGAGUGGGAGAUUCCCGUCCCACCUCAGAAAGACGGCUCCACCAAGAGGGACUAUGGUCUUAUUCAGACCGCCUGGUGGGAUGCUAUCUCUGCUAUCUAUAAGGCAGGCGAGAAGGCGCCAGUCCGUGUCGCUGUGGAACUGCGUCUUACAGGCGGUUCCGAGGUGUUACUUGCACCGCAACGUGGAAAUGCCACUACAUGCUCUAUCGAAGUCCUGACGACAUUGACCACACCUCAAAAUGACUGGGACGACUUCAAACAAGAAAUUGCCGAUAUCUGGACAAGUUACAAAGGGCCCGAUGGUCAGUUUUUGAAGUCCAGACCUCAUUGGGCCAAACAGUGGGAGGGUCUCAAGGUGCACAAUCAACCGAUCGAGACUUACUUGAAGGAUGUGUAUCAAGACUCCUUCAAAACGUUCCGCACUGUUUUUGAAGAGAUACUGAAGCGAAGAAACUCGUCCAUCGAAGAGGUCAGAGCUAGGUUUGGAAAUGACACACUGUAUCGCUUAAUCUUUGAGUGAUCGUUUGAACGUUAUGGAGAAUUUGGAAU